CCCGAACCUAUCCUUGGGUGCAUCCUUCCCUGCAUCCCUCCUUCCGCGCAUCCUUCUUUGCACCCAUCUUUCCACGCAUCUCUCCUUGCGUCCGUCCAUCCAUAAGCGCAUCCUUCCUCGCAUCCAUCCUUAUACGUCUCUCCCCCUGCAUCUUUCCUUGCACCCAUCCUUAGGAGCUUCCUUCCCCGCAUCCUCCCUUGCCUCCUUGCAUGCUGUUGCUUCCUCUUCCUCCUCCUGCUCUUCCAUGGCUUGGCCCUGCAUCAGCCGCGUGUGCUGCCUGGCCCGCUUCUGGAGCCAGAUGGACAAGUCGGACCUGGCCGUCCCUCUCACCAUCCACAACUACUCCGACAUCGAGGAGCCCGCCGAGGAUGGAGCCGAUGCCCCUCUUCCUCCGCCUCCAGCCCCUCGGAUCCCAACCGGGGGCCCCAGCACUCUCCGGCCCCAGCCUCCCCAGCCCCGGCCAGCCCCAGCUCCGCUUCCCUCAUCGGCAUCUGCCCCUUCCCUCCAACAGCAUGAGAACUUGAAGCGGCCAUCCAAGAAGGCCACCACCAAGAAGACCCCCUUCGCGGCAGAGACCCAGUACCAGCAGGAUUUCCGCGCCUGGCCCCUCCAGAAGAGGGAUGCCUUGCCCUGGGUUGGGGAGUCCAGGGGCCGCCUAGAAAGCGCCAUCGAGCCCCCUGCCCCUUCUACCCAGGCCGGCAUCUUAGGGGGUUCCCAGCCCCACCAUCACCACCAUCAUGUCUACGUUCUUCCCAUGGCUGGCCAAGAGGGACCUGGGGCCACCAGGGAUGAGGGCUGCAAGCAAGGAUGGUCCUCCUCCAUCAUGGCCUCUUCGCCUCCAAAAGUCCCCAAGACCACCUCCUACAGGCACGAGUAUCGCCCAUGGACAGGAGCAAAACGAUCAAGGCCUACCAAAACAACGCAGGGCUUCAUUAUCCCAGAGGAUCACUUCACACAGGAAUCUAGCUACAAAGCAGACUUCAAGAUUCCAGAAGUGAAGGCCAAGUUUUCUCCAAAUCCUUCUGCUGUUUUCCAGGCACCAUCUCGCAUCCUCAAUGUAUGAAUCUGGGUCAUACCCCUUUCCCAUCCAGGCAGCUUGAAUGUUAAGGUUGUGAAAAUGUACAGCUAUGCAAUUUUCAUGAGUGGUAUUGAGAUAAGAGCAAGGGUUAUUACAAGUGACUGCAGUAAUUAUCAGAAGUUUUGCAUUUAUUAUGAACAUGUAAAACAUAAAGCACUUAUUAGUUGGAGAUGGUAUAAUGUACUGGAAAGAAUGACCUAGUUUCAUAGAAACAGGCUUACUAAUACUGGCCAAGAUGGCUUCUCAUUUAAGGUAUUGACUGGCCAGCAUAAAUCAGCAAUUUCAACAAAGUCUUUAUGCCUAAAUACAGAGGGCACUGAGAGAGGUGUAUUGAAAACCUCCUCUCUUUAGUGAGAGGAGAGACACUGACAAGAAGUCUGUAAAGAGAAUCUGGUUGAUAUUUUAAGUUUGUUAAACCAUUGAAUCAACCAACCUCAAAUGAUGUUGCAGGGACUUUUCAUGUCUUUUUGCUGAGGGACAUUCAGGGUGAAGAGUAUGACUCUUGACCAGUUUGCCCCAGAACAUGGUGCUCCACACAAAUGCUGACCAGAUUUGGGGGGAUGUGGGCAGUAUGAAAGCAAAAACAAUGCACAUUGUUUUUGGGCUCUGGCCUCAUCUGUGUGUUCUCUAAGCUAUAAACUUCCUCAGUUACACACUUCAUCCUUACAUUCCUUAUAUCUCUGCUUCAUUUUCUCUUGGACUAGCCAAACCUUUAAAAAGUCCUUGGUCAUUUGAUAUGCUCCACUUAUGGAAGAACAGAGCUAGGAAAAGUUACUUUUUUGGACUACCAUUCCCUGAUUCCCUCAACAAGUGUGGCCAGUGGCCUGCUGUGCGGAUCCAUAUCAAAACACUCCAAAAUGAAAAAGGUGUCGAUUUUAUUUUGUGAUUGAAAAUCAAGACUUGAGCCCAGAUUAUUUUUAUACCAUUUUAAAAAUAGAUCAAAGGAUCCCUCAAAGCAACCUUUUAAGAAUAAAAAUUGAAACUGAGAUACUGUAUUAGUAUAUGGGCCCUUUCAUGAUAUAUGCAGUUACAGCUCUAAAUUCCACUUUUUCUGCCAGUUGCAUCCUCUGCAAUUCUGGGAUUUGUAGUUUCGUUAUUUAGAAUUCUCUGGCAAAGGGCUCUAGUUCCUCACCAAACCGCAACCAGCAAGAUUUCUUAGGAUGUUGCUAUGGCAUUUAAAGUAGAAUCAUAGUGCUGUAAUUGUACAGUAUGAAAUGGUCAUUGUUGGAGAGUGGAGACGUCUGUCAGGUGUUACUGAUGCUUCCUUUUCCUCUCCAUACAAAUCCAGCCUACCUCCCUGCUGCCCACUCUCCCCGUACAUUUAGUGGAUGGGGGAGGAGAGCCAGACAGCAUCCAGCUGUGAGAUGCAUGAAUACAAAGUCUUCCUUUUGGACCUCUGGAGGAGCCCUGGAAGGAUGAGUUCAUCUCUGUGUGUUUUGAUUCAUAAACACAGUCAGAUGCUGCCUAGCUGCUUCCAGCCACUUAAUGGCCGGAGGGAAGGGGGACUGUGAUGGCAUCAUGGAAGUGGAUUGUGGGCCCAGAGAGAAUAAAAUCCAAAUGAGAAUAAAAUCCAAAAUCCACAAAACAGCAAUACUUCCAGUUGGCCAACCAAAGUUAACAAAAUACAUGAUGCAAGCUCAGAAGUACCCUUUUGCCUUGCCAAUGGAACUCAAAUGUCAUCUCCUGGACCCUGGGAUGCCCCACUCCCAGUGCCACAUGACCAGAAAGAGGUGGGACCACUGGAAGUGGGUGUUCCAAGGUCCAGAAGAUGAAAUUUGAGUUCCAUUGCUAAUGCAUAAAGGUAAUUCUGAGCUUGCAUCUUGUAUUUUGUGCUUUUUGUUUGGCCAAUUGGAAAGAUCAUUAUUGUGUGGAUUUUGGAUGUUAUUGUGCUUUUUAUAUGGCAAACACAGCUACCCCAGAUUUGUAUGAAGGAGGUUUCCUUCUGUAACAGCCAUCAUUCCAGCCUGAACCUUCUGGCCUGAAUAUUUUAAAACUUUGCUGACUAUUUCUUUGUUUAUAUUUGGCCUGCUCCGCCAGGUCUUGAGGUGGCUCCAUUUUAAAGCAGCACAAUAAAACAAGAAACAUAACAGCCACAGCCGAGAAUACAUAACACACAAGUAGGGGAUCACAGUACCAUAAACAUUCCUAGAUGUAAGCCCACUCUAUCUGAUCCUGCCUGGCCUACUAUAGCACUGAAAUACCUGCUCAAAGAAUUGGGCCUCAUUCAGAGUCCCUGGCACUAAGAUACAUUUAUGUGUGUCUCUACAAAGUGCAUUGCACAACCUUGGUGCAGCUACCCUAAAAGACUUGCUCUAUCUUUAGAGCUGGGUUGGGUAGACUGUUAAAUUCUGGGGAGAGAAAAAACCCCACUCAGUACAAGGAAAUAUUACAACAUUCUUGACAAAGUACCAGCUUUUAUUGGAAACUGGUAGCACUAACUGGUCUCGCUCAAGGCACUGCAGUGGACCAGACAAUAAAGCAAUGACCAAUUUAACUUGUAAUAGUGCUAUUUAGUGUGUAUAUAAAUAGUGUACAUAGUUAUAAUUGAUGAUUUCCUUUAAAGAGAGUCGGCUUAGUAUUAUUUAUGUAACUUUGUUUUAAGUAUGCAGGGUAGACACUUCAUUGCCUUGAAAAUCCUAAAUUGUUGCCUGUAUAUCAGUAAUGCUAGUGCUAAAGAAAUGAAUGUUACAUAGUGGCUAUUAUAUAAUGCAAUUUUCAAAGAGAUUCAUUUUUAAAUCCCAUUACUCAACAAGUUUGUUUUUGUAUAGUAUUAUUGACACAGAAGUAAUUUUUGUCUAGGCUCUUUUAAUAAAGCAUUUCUUAGUGUUUGUUCAGUUACACAUAGAUUGUAUACAUUUUGAUCAAAAAGGUUUAUAAUAUUCAACUAAUUUCCAAUGCAAUUUCCCCUCAUUUACUUUUGUAAAUGUCACAAUGAUUUGUUGCUCUGAUCUCAGUGUUUCCAAAGUACAGGUAAAACCUUGACUGGCCAUGUGGAGAUUAUAUUAUUCAAGCAGGGCACCAUUUUAUUCUACACUGGUGUUGCCCCUUAUGGCAUUGGUGUGUGUGUGUGUGUGUGUGUGCGCGCUAGAAUCUUAGGGAGAUCUGCAUUUGGGCAUUCAUAUUUGGCAUGUGCCCAACAGAAUGAAUAUAUUGUUAUCAUUAAUACAAAUCCAAGCUUUCAUUCAUUCAUACAUAAGCAAGAAGUGAUAAAAGCUAGGUAUAAUCCAGACAAAGCUUGGUGCCCAAAAUAUUCAAUAGUUAUUUUACUUUUGGAAAGUUACUCAUUUGACUACAAGUCCCAGAAUCCUUUCAGCAUAUGGCCUCUCUUUAUUCUGGUGGAGAGAGGGCUCUGAAAGAUGUAACUAUACACUCAUGUAUAAGUCCAGAAAUUUUAGUCAAAAAUUGACCCCAAAAACCUGAGUCGACCUA